GGAAAGUUAAAAUUAAUAUAAAAGCUUCCUAGCAGAAAAGGGUGAGAAUUAAAUGUGGAGGGAAGAGCGAAGACUCGGACUUUGGGUGCCUAUUGGUUAAGACUCAUUUUGUUGUUUCUCGGUUGUCAGCUCCCUUUAAUACCCCUAGAGCCAGAGGGAAUAAUUUCCUGCCGAAUUCCAGUUUGCAUUUCCAAUUUCGGUAAAGUUUGAGGGAGGAGGGAGAGUUGAAAGGAGGGGCUUUGAUUCCCGAGGCGAAUGGAGAUCUGGGUACAUCUCUCAUCGCAGUAGUGUCUGGCUCUUCAUAUAUUUUCCUUCCAGCCUUCUUCUUUUAGCUAAAUGAUAGAUGUAUCAGCCAAAGAGUGUUCAUAAUUCAAGCCUAGUCUAAAAAAACUCGCUUGUUCAUGGUCAGCAUUUAGAUUGUGCUAUGGACCAAAUCAGUGGAGGAAACAGUCACAACAAUGCCAGUCUUGCCUCCAAGCAACGCUUGCGUUGGACACAUGAGUUUCAUGAACGUUUUGUUGAUGCUGUGGCACAACUUGGUGGGCCUGACCGGGCUACACCCAAAGGUGUCCUUAGAGUAAUGGGUGUUCAAGGUCUAACAAUAUAUCAUGUCAAAAGCCAUUUACAGAAAUACCGGCUUGCAAAAUAUCUUCCUGACUCAUCAUCAGAUGGGAAAAAAGCUGAUAAGAAAGAAACUGAGGAUAUGCUUUCAAGUUUGGAUGGUUCAUCUGGGGUGCAAAUAAAUGAAGCACUCAAGCUGCAGAUGGAGGUGCAGAAGCGACUGCAUGAGCAAUUAGAGGUUCAGAGGCAGCUACAGUUACGAAUAGAAGCCCAGGGCAAAUACUUGAAGAAGAUAAUCGAGGAGCAACAACGAUUUGGUGGAGUUCUUUCAGAAACAUCUGGUCCUGGGGUGCCAGGAUCAGGUGACAAUUGCCCAGAUUCUGACAAUAAGACUGAUCCAGCAACCCCUGCCCCAACCUCCGAGGGCCCCCUACAAGACAAGGCUGCCAAGGAACAUGCCUCAGCCAGCCUUUCUAUUGAUGAAUCUUUCUCAUCUCACCAUGAACCAUUGACUCCAGAUUCUGGUUGCCAUCUCAGUUCCCCAGCCGAGAGUCCCAAAGGUGAAAGGUUGAUUAAGAAGCAAAAAGUCCUUGUGGGUGGAGCAUCUGCUAAACCAGAAAUGGUGCUUCCACAUCAGAUACUUGAGUCGAGUUGCACCUCAUACCAGCAGCAAAACUCCAUUUUUCCGUCCAGAGCAGUUUGAACCUUCAUCGGGUAUAUCAAUCAGGAAUGAAGAUCAGAUGGAAAAGUUUGGGGCAAACUGAUAUGUGAUACUGCGCAUGCCAUAACAUUUUUCGUUGUCUGUAGUUUCUUAGCUCUAAUUUAGUCAAAGAACUCUUAUCUCAAAUGUACUGGGAUGAUUAAAUUUCAGCAUGGAGACAUUAGAUGAUGUUUUAUUAAAUUUCAGAGACUUCUUGUAAACAGAUGCUGGGAUUUGGUUCAAUUAUCAGGUGCUACUUGUAACAUGGUCACCCAGAUUUCUAAUAAAUGAAAUAUGAAUCCCUUGCCAUUCAAA